AUGAAAGCUCAACAAAAUAAAGUGCGCAUUAAAAUCAUCGCAGCACUUAAGAAGCGUUCUACGACUUGUCUUCAUGCACAAACAUACACACAAUACAUGUACUUUAGGUUCGUGAAACCUCAAGGAAUGGGAAAGAGUUGUAUAAUUUAUCAUACCAUGCUAUUUAUGAGAGUUGAAACUUCAUAA